CACCCGCAAGAGUUCACCACUUCACCGCUCCCGGCAACUACUGACCGACACAGCCGAGAGAUGAAGUUACCGGUGGCAGCGGCGCUGGUGACCCUGCUGUGCGUGGUCUGCGGCGAGGAGCCGACGGCGGUCCACGAGCCCUACCUCCUGCUGCUGACCCGGGCGAGGCGCGGCCUGUACGGCGGGGAUGGCGGCGACGGCGGGGACGGCCACGACUUCAGUCCCCAGCACUCGGUGGAGGUGGUGCACCACCACGACAACACGCCCAUCGUGAAGACUGUGAGGGUGCCGGUGGCCCAGCACAUCCCGGUCCCGGUGCCCCAGCCGGUGCCCGUCGGCGUGCCGCAGCCCUACCCGGUGCACGUGCGCGUGGCGCAGAAGGUGGAGGUGCCCGUGGUGAAGCACAUCCCCGUGCCGGUGGAGCGGCCCUACCCGGUCACCGUCGAGAAGCCCAUCCCGGUGCCCGUCGAGAAGCCAUACCCCGUGUACAUCGAGCGGCAGGUGCCCAUCACCAUCCCCAAGCCGUACCCCGUGCACGUGCCCGUCUACAAGCACGUGUACCACACCAUCAAGCACGGAGGCGGCGGCGGCGGCGGGGGUCACCACGGCUGGCACUAGGCCCUGCCCGCUCGCUUCCUCCGUUCGUUGACAAGGUCCCGCACUACCGGCCCAAGUACCAAAGUAUCAUCCGGCACCAAGGAGGGUUGGGCCAUCACAGCGGGCCCAAAGCCCGCGAUUGCUCCAAGUUCUUCACUCACGCUAGCUCUCAUUGCAACAUCGUGCAUCCCUUAGUUGACCAGGUCACACACUUAUGGUCCAAGUACCAAAGUAUCAUCCAGCGCCAAGGAGGGUUGGGCCAUCACAGCGGGCCCAAAGCCCGCCAUCGCUCCAAGUUCUUCACUCACGCUAGCUCUCAUUGCAACUCCAUACAUCCUUUAGUUGACCAGGUCACACACUAAUGGACCAAGUACCGAAGUAUCAUCCAAAAUCAAGGAGUUUUAGGCCAUCAUAGUUGGCACAAAGCCCUUCUUCGUCGUCGCUCCAAGUUCUUCACUCAUUCUAACUCUUAUUGCAACAUCGUGCCUCCCUUAGUUGACCAGGUCACACUUCUGGUCCAAGUACUGAAGUAUCAUCAAACAUCAAGAAGUGUUAGGCCAUCACAGUUGGCACAAAGCCCUUCUUUGUCAUCGCUCCAAGUUCUUCACCUAUUCUAGCUCUCAUUUCAACAUCAUGUCUCCCUCAUUUGCAAAGGUAUAAUCCAACAUCUAGGAGGUUAGGGCCAUCACAGCUGGAACAAAGUCCAUCUUCUGGCAUCCCUCGAAGAUCUGCAAACACACUAGCUCUCGUUGCAACGUUAUUUCUCUUAUCGUUGGCUGGUUACCACACCCGAGGAAUACUUGAACCGAAGGGUCAUAACCCACUGAAAGUCACAUGUAGCUGUGAUGUCACUCAGAUUCCUUUUCGCAAUGCUCACCCAUCAUUGACCUAGUCCCAGUCUACUGACGCAUGCAUUGAAAUAUCGCCAAGUCCAGAGACAUCCCUAUGUUGUAUCAGAUUCUGACCUCCCAGAAAUCUUCUCCUUUCAUUCGUCACGUACCUGUUCUCAAGGUAAUUUGUCGUACCAUCGAGCAAAGUCUCGAGACAGCUGGCAAUAGGACGUAGCAAAUUUCUUUGGUGGGAAUAGCAGUUCUUAAAUCUCACAACUAAGAAAUACAUCGGCUUUAAAUUUAACAUACUUAGUCUCUAAUGUAAAGUUAAGUUACUAUCUGCAAAUCAAAUCAUGAAACGUAUUACGAUUUUGACAUCUUUAUUUAACUGUGAAAAUUUAAAAUUUAGUUCCGAAUAAACCAAGCUUAAUAAAGAUCCUAGGACGACACAAGUCUCCAUACAUCCUUAACAUUCUCAUUUCCAUAAAUGAGUGUACCUGGUCCAUCCACCAUCCAGUAUUUCGUAUUUCCACAGUUUCACCCCUCCUUUCAUCUCAUUUCAAAAUCCCGAAUUCUAGUAAUCAUCUGUUGUUAUUAAUUUUUUCUGUUAUGUUUGUUGUUUUUUGUUUUGUUGCUUUUUCGCAGUGUUAUCAUGUUACGUAUCCACUGGUGCUGAAAUUUUGUUAUCAGAUAUGUGUAUAUAUUUUGUAAUAAACCUUUGUCAAAAACAAU